UGUAUUGAACGAAUCGUCAUUUUGGAAACAAUUUGUAUAUAUUGAUUUCAGAGUGGAACAAUCGAUGAAUGAGUCUUCGCUUGAAAACUAAAAAGUGUGAAUCGUGAGAUAACGUGUUUUCAAAACCCAGCCAUUAGGAACAACACGCAUACAAAAUGAAUCGUGACAGAGAAAAGAAAGUGCGCCCGCCAAAUCCCAUUUCGAAGGCUUCAAUCGUGUCACAAUUGACCUAUUGGUGGUUAAAUCCAAUGCUUUCGAUUGGAAUGAGCCGAACCAUUGAAUCAGAAGACAUCUAUGAGGUGACAAAUAGCCUGCAAAGCGAUCGAAAUACUGAGACAUUUGCAAAACUAUGGGAAUUAGAGCUGCAAAAAAGGAAUCCAAGCAUUUUGCGGGUGAUGUUAAAAGUGCACGGUUUCAAGGUGUUUACACUUGGAGUGCUAUACUGUUUGGGAGAAAUACUUGCGAAGGUCAUCCAGCCGAUUUGUUUGGGUGGUUUCGUUGAAUACUUCUCUAAGAGUGGCAAUGUCUCAUUGAAUGAUGCAUAUUGGUAUGCAGGCGGAAUUGUUUUGAAAUUCAUCGGAUCUCUUCGCAAAAUAAUUGUUGUUAAUUAAUUUGGCAACAUUUUUUAAUGGAGAUACGCUUCCGC